ACUAGUGAAAUGUCCGAGCGCACAUGAAGGCGACACGGAUGUAAAUAAACGCAGAAUGUGACCACACGACCCGAACUUGUCACAUUAUAUGGUUAAAUGACGCACAUAACGGACCGUCCAAAGUUACGUUGUUGUUAAAACACGGCCCAAGUCCAGAUCAGCAUGGCGUCCUACAAGCGCCUGAACCCCGAGGACGUCCAGCUGUCCACUUCCUUACUGAGGGCAGAACCUGGCCGGGUCCCAGAGGAGAGUCCGGUGGCCGAGGCGGAGGAAGCGUCCCUGCUUCCCCGCCAGCUCCCCUGUUCCAUCACCACCAGCCUCCUGCUGCUGGGGGCGCUGGUGCUGCUCAUCGGGGGCGGCUGGCUCCUGGGGACCCUCUUCUGGCUUCACAGUCCCGCCACCCCGCAGCCCCGCUUUCCUCUGCCGGCGGCCAACUCUUCCUCUCAGGCCAGACAGAACAAGAGCGAAGCCCUGGGCCGGCAGCAGGCCUGCAGCCUGGUCCCUGAGGUGCGGAGGUUCGACUGCUACCCCGAGAGAGGCGUUGUGGUCACCAGAGAGAUGUGCGAAGCCAGGAAGUGCUGCUUCAUCUCGGACGCUCGGCCAGCGGGACAGAGCGGUUUCCCCUGGUGCUUUUAUCCACCGGAUUUCCCUUCGUACUCUCUCGCGUCCGUCAACGACACUUCUCUGGGACUGAAGGGCACGUUGGUGAAAGAGGUGAAGACCUAUUACCCCGGAGACAUUUUGGCUCUGGAGGUGGAGCUCCGCCAGGAGACCAACUCCAGGCUUCGUGUUCGGAUCACCGACCCGGGAAGUCCUCGCUACGAAGUCCCCAUCUCCGUCCCCAGCGUCACCAAGAGGGCCGAGCGCCCGGAUUACAGCGUGGAGCUCCUGAAGGAUCCGUUCGGCAUCGUCGUGAGGAGGAUCUCCACGGGACUGGUUCUAGUCAACACCAGCGUGGCUCCGCUCUUCUACGCAGACCAGUUCCUCCAGUUCUCCACGGCUCUGCCCACUGCCUUCAUCUAUGGACUCGGGGAGCAUCGCGCCAACUUCCUGCACGAUAUCAACUGGAACACUCUCACCAUGUGGGCGCGCGACGUGCCGCCGACGGAAAAGACCAACUUGUACGGGGUGCAUCCUUUUUACUUGGUGAUGGAGGAGGGAGGGAACGCACACGGCUUCUUCCUGCUCAACAGCAACGCCAUGGAUGUGGUGCUUCAGCCGGCGCCGGCUCUCACUUGGAGGACCAUCGGCGGAAUCCUGGACUUCUACGUCUUCCUGGGGCCAGACCCCACCUCAGUCAUCGAGCAAUACACCGAUGUCAUAGGGCGUCCUGCGAUGCCGGUCUACUGGGCUCUGGGCUACCACCUCUGCCGCUGGGGGUUCAAUUCCAGCGAGGCCACGCUGGAGGUGGCGAGGCGCAUGAGGAGCGAGGGCGUUCCUCAGGACGCCAUGUGGAACGACAUCGACUACAUGGACCAGUUUUUGGAUUUCACCUACGACCCCAACAAGUUUGCCUCACUGCCUGCCAUGGUGAAAGACCUGCACGGCCACGACCAGCGCUACGUGAUCAUCCUGGACCCGGGCAUCAGCAGUGUCCAGACGGAAGGGAGCUACUGGCCGUUCGACGAAGGACUGAAGCGAGACGUGUUCAUCAAAGACGCAGAAGGAAAACCUCUGAUCGGAACGGUCUGGCCGGGUCUCACUGCCUACCCCGACUUCUCCAACAACGACACCCACGAGUGGUGGUUUGAGAACAUCCGGAGGUUCCACGAGAAGGUGCCGUUCGACGGACUCUGGAUCGACAUGAACGAGCCCUCAAACUUCGCCGACGGAUCCAUCCACGGGUGCCCCACCAACAGCCUGGAAAACCCUCCCUACACUCCCGGGGUCCUGGGGGGUCUGCUGAGAGCUCUGACCCUGUGUGCGUCCGUCCAGCAGAAGCUGUCCACUCACUACAACAUCCACAGUCUGUAUGGACUCAUGGAAGCCCGAGCCACAGCCAGCGCUCUGAAGCGGAUCUUGGGAAAAAGGCCCUUUGUUAUUUCCCGCUCCACUUUUCCCAGCCAGGGCAUGUUCUCCGGACACUGGCUGGGAGACAACCACAGCCAGUGGAAGGAUCUAUACACCUCCAUUGCAGGCAUCCUGACCUUUAACCUCCUGGGUGUCCCUCUGGUGGGAGCAGAUGUCUGUGGCUUCAGCGAGGAGACCCAGGAGGAGCUCUGCGUGCGCUGGACGCAGCUCGGGGUUUUCUACCCGUUUAUGCGCAACCACAACGCCAUCAACAUGAAGCCUCAAGACCCGACGGCGUUCAGCCCUGUGGCCCGCACAGCCAUGAAGGAGGCGCUGCUGCUGCGAUACUCUCUCUUCCCGCUGCUCUACACGCUCUUCCAUCACGCCCACGCACACGGACGCACUGUCGCUCGGCCACUGAUGUUUGAGUUCCCGAAGGACGUGCAGACGUACGGCAUCGACAAGCAGUUCCUCUGGGGCGAGAGUCUGCUGGUGACUCCGGUGCUGGAUCCUGGAGUGAACUACGUGGACGGCUACUUUCCCGCUGGACUGUGGUUUGACUUCUACACCGGCGACUCUGUCAGCAGCGGCGGUGAAACGAUACGACUUCAGGCUCCACUGGACAAGAUCAACCUGCACCUGCGGGAAGGAUCCAUUAUUCCGACCCAGACUCCGGGCCUGACUCUGUGGGUGUCCAGCGGUCAGCCGCUCCAUCUGAUCUCUGCUCUGUCUGCCGAUGGAUCAGCCGGCGGGGAUCUGUUCUGGGACGACGGGGAGAGCUUGGACACCUACGAGAAGGGCCAGUACGCCUACAUCGUCUUCGCCGUCGCUCAGAGGGUGAUGACAUCACAGGUUCUCCAUAACAACGUGGAGGCCACUUACAUCACAGUGGCGUCGGCGACCUUCUACGGCGUGAAGGAGAAACCAGCAAAGGUGCUGGUGAACUCUCAGGAGUCACCUUUCACCUACAGAACCAACCAGGUUCUGACCGUCGCAGACCUGCAGCUCAAUCUCAGUCAGAACUUCACCAUCAGCUGGGAGUGAUCUGGCAGUCUGGUCAUCCACCGCUAGUUUCCAGAGGGGCAGUGAGAGAUCAAGAUGUCACUUUGGAUGAGACCUGGAGCGACUUGCGCCGUGGCUGCUCCAUGUUUUCCUGACUGCUGGACUUUCAUUUUGAUGAGCAAUUGUCGGCCACUUUGUAAGUAGGAGGCGAUUUUGCACUGCGCCAGGGGUUGACGGUGCCUUGACAUUAAGGUUUGUCACUCUUCUGCUGCUUGCGGGAGACUCGGCUUUAAAGUCCAAUGAGCCAUAAGAGAUGCUGAAGCUGGUUUUAUUUUUGCACUGUCCGUGUCACGUUCAUUAAAUGUUGCAUCAAUUGACAUUUGGGUUCUCAACUAUCUGAGUGAUGUGCUGUUUUUUUUUUUUAGGCUUUCAGAAGCGUUAGAUUCCAUUUUAGUCUCCAGGUUGUCAAAGGCACUGUACGACUGAGGAGAGGCUCACUCAACCCUGGUGCUGAUGCCAACUCCGGGUGAGGUUUGAGCUCUGUCUUGUGUUUUAAAGGUCCAGGGUGGACGAUUGUUUCUCCUUGGCUUUUCUCAGAUGGAUCGCAGUGGACUGGAUGUUACCGACCAUAAGCCAAAUGAGUUACCAAAUCUCGGAGUGCAAUAGAUGUUCAGGCGUUUCUUGAAGAUACAAAGAGGUUCAGUAUAGCUGGUGCUGCUGCGUUGAUGCCACUGGGUCAUCUGGAGCGCCCCCUGCAGGGCUCAGACCUAUCGUCUGUAUAGUGAACGAGGCGAGUCUCGGCAUCCUUGGUGUCAAAAGGUGCAUGAGGUUAGUGGACCUGCAGAGGUUCUGAUGCCACCGCUCCACCAAGUCCCAGUCAUCAGACCGUGUGAGCUGAGGGUGAGAAGGCACCGGGACGGUUCCCUGAGGAGCCCAGUCAGGUGAUCGUACUGAGCAAUGUGGACACACGGAACUAACACGCAGUGGCGUCCACAGUGUGUGGAAGGAUGUAGACUUGCGGUUGCCACACGCACGUUACAUGUCGUAACCUCCCAAAGUGAUGUUUUUCACCUGAGAAGAUCCUGUGUGGUGGUUGGCUGAGGCCAGGCU